UUUCCAGUCAGGCGGCCAGUGGGCAACCCGCGGAGUCCGCGGGCGGGCGUCAGGGGUCCUUUCGAGGCAGGACCCGCUCCUUGUUUCUGCUGACUUCUGUCACUUGGGUCCGCAGCGGGAGCCUGAGCAGACACUAAGAUUUCAGAAUGACUUCCAUCUUGACUUACACUUUUAAAAAUCUUCCCAGUACAUCAAAAUGGGCCCUCAGAUUUUCUGUAAGACCUCUGAGCUGUUCCGCCCAGCUACGAGCUACCCCAGCUGCCCAGACCAAAUCAAAGAAGACCUUAGCCAAACCCAACAUAAGGAACGUGGUGGUGGUGGAUGGUGUGCGCACUCCAUUCUUACUGUCAGGCACUUCAUAUAAAGACCUGAUGCCACAUGAUGUGGCUAGAGCAGCACUUUUGGGUUUGUUACAUCGGACCAGUGUUCCAAAGGAAGUUGUUGAUUAUAUCAUCUUUGGCACAGUUAUACAGGAAGUGAAAACAAGCAAUGUGGCCAGAGAGGCUGCCCUUGGAGCUGGCUUCUCUGAUAAAACUCCUGCUCACACUGUCACCAUGGCUUGCAUCUCUGCCAACCAAGCCAUGACCACAGGUGUUGGCUUGAUUGCUUCUGGCCAGUGUGAUGUGGUCGUGGCCGGUGGUGUAGAGUUAAUGUCCGACGUCCCUAUUCGUCAUUCGAGGAAAAUGAGGAAAAUGCUGCUUGAUCUCAAUAAGGCCAAGACUCUGGGUCAGAGACUAUCUUUACUCUCUAAAUUCAGACUGAAUUUCCUGUCGCCUGAGCUCCCUGCGGUGGCCGAGUUUUCCACCAGUGAGACCAUGGGCCACUCUGCAGACCGACUGGCCGCUGCCUUCGCUGUUUCUCGAACGGAGCAGGAUGAGUAUGCGUUGCGCUCGCACAGCCUGGCCAAGAAGGCACAGGAUGAAGGACUCCUUUCUGAUGUUGUCCCCUUCAAAGUCCCAGGAAAAGAUACAGUUACCAAAGAUAAUGGCAUUCGCCCUUCCUCCCUGGAGCAGAUGGCCAAACUGAAACCUGCGUUCAUCAAGCCCUAUGGCACAGUGACAGCUGCAAAUUCUUCCUUCUUGACUGAUGGUGCAUCUGCAAUGCUGAUCAUGGCAGAGGAAAAAGCUCUGGCCAUGGGUUAUAAGCCCAAGGCAUAUUUGAGGGAUUUUGUGUAUGUGUCCCAGGAUCCGAAAGAUCAGCUUUUACUUGGACCAACAUAUGCUACUCCAAAAGUUCUAGAAAAGGCAGGGUUAACAUUGAAUGAUGUUGAUGCUUUUGAAUUUCAUGAAGCUUUCUCAGGUCAGAUCUUGGCUAAUUUUAAAGCCAUGGAUUCUGAUUGGUUUGCACAAAACUACAUGGGUAGAAAAACCAAGGUUGGAUUGCCUCCUUUGGAGAAGUUUAACACCUGGGGUGGAUCGCUGUCCCUGGGGCACCCAUUUGGAGCCACUGGCUGCCGGUUGGUCAUGGCAGCUGCCAACAGAUUACGGAAGGAAGGAGGCCAGUAUGGUUUAGUGGCUGCCUGUGCAGCUGGAGGGCAGGGCCAUGCUAUGAUAGUGGAAGCGUAUCCAAAAUAACAGAUCAGGAAGAGGUGACCUGGAGUUUCUGUGCAACACUCACACUAGGCAAUGCCAUUUCAAUGCAUUACUAAGUGACAUUCUCUAGUUCCUAGCUCCUCUUAGGAAAACAAAAUGUGUGGCCUUCUGUUUGCAAUGAAGCCUAGCCAGUGUUCUGCGCUUUCCAGUAAUCAUGGCUUACUGCUCUUCCAGGGAUUUCUUAGUCACCAGAAUCUCACACAGUGAUAUGUUUAAGCAAUUGUUUUUGGUCUGUAUUUUCAUUAAAGACUAAAUGAGUUGUUGCAAUUUGGAAUUAUCUUUGUAACAUUUGCAAAUCGUGCCAUUCCUAUUUGUGACCUAACAAUAAGUGUUUUCUAUAAAAUACAAACCAAUGUGCCUAAAUUAACUUAAUUAUGAGAAGAUAAUUCAGAAUCUCAACAUCAUUGAAAACUUACAGUAAAUGUUUGGCUACGUAAAUAUCAUGUUGGUUAACCUUAAUAAAGUGGAGAAGUAUUGGA